GGCCAUAUAUCUCUAUACUUGUGUCCAUAGUAUUGGGACCCGUUCUAAAUCACUGUAGUUAGACAACUGGCCAUAUAUCUCUAUACUUGUGUCCAUAGUAUUGGGACCCGUUCUAAAACUCUGUAGUUAGACAACUGGCCAUAUAACUCUAUACUGGUGUCCAUAGUAUUGGGACCCGUUCUAAAACUCUGUAGUUAGACAACUGGCCAUAUAUCUCUAUACUGGUGUUCAUAGUAUUGGGACCCGUUCUAAAACUCUGUAGUAAGACAAUGGCCAUAUAUCUCUAUACUUGUGUCCAUAGUAUUGGGACCCGUUCUAAAACUCUGUAGUUAGACAACUGGCCAUAUAUCUCUAUACUGGUGUUCAUAGUAUUGGGACCCGUUCUAGAGCACUAUAACGAAUGACCAUACCCCUACUUUGAGGUUAAAAAUUGGGGACCCAAUUUCCCCGUCUUAUAGUCGAGGAAAUACGGUUUAUCUUUAUACUAGUGAUCAUAGUUGAGGGACAUGUUCUAUAGCACUGUAGUUUAAAAGUCACCAUACAUCUCUAUACUAGUGAUCAUAGUUGAGGGACACGUUCUAUAGCACUGUAGUUUAAAAGUCACCAUACAUCUCUAUACUAGUGAUCAUAGUUGAGGGACAUGUUCUAUAGCACUGUAGUUUAAAAAAAGAAGUGACCAUAUAUCUCUAUACUGGUGAUCAUAGUUGAGGGACAGGUUUUUAAGCACUGUAGUUUGACAAAUGACCAUUUUAAUUGAGGUUUAUAGUUGACGGACACAGUUUUAAGUGCUGUAGUUAGACAACUGGCUAUUUUUUUCUAUUCUGUUGUCCAUUGCUAGGGGACAUGUUUUAAAGUGACUCGCUCAGCUCAGGGUUUGGUAAAAUGCACUCACAAUUACAAAAUAAAGUGUGGCAAAUCAUAAGGAGUGUUAAAACAAAAAUACCAAAAGCAGGAAUCCUUCAGUAAAUGUUGAUAUUUGCUCAAAUAUUGUCUUUGAUGACCAUAAUUAGUAACCUGAUUUAAAAUUAAUUAUGGCUGUGGUGUUGCAUGAUUGGUUGAUUACAUUAUCAUGUGAGUGAUAUUAUGAAUAUAUCCUUAACAGGUCAACAUAUCCACCAUUUUUGUUGUAAGUCCCAGUGGCCGUGAGGACUAGCCGGCUGUUUUCUACUUUUUUCUUGGUAUAAGGCUCAUGUUUGAACCCCACUAAAACCAAAAUACUUUUUCAUGCUAUAACUGUAUUUAAAAUACCUUCAUAUGAGUAGUUAUGGCGGUGACACCUAAUGUGAAGUUCUUAAUCUUAAGCAAUGCAGUUUGGCCCCAGUAUCACGAAAGAACUCAAACUCAAUCUCAAACUUAAACUCAAAAUUUGACUUGAGAUUUUUUUUUGACUCAGUUGAGAUCCGACUCAAUUUGGUGAUCACGAAAUAUUUUGAGACCGUUCUCAGCCGAGUUUCAAACUCAGUCUCAACUAUUAUCGAUCUGCAUUCGCGUAAGCGGUUAUAUUCCGCUAAAUACUCUUCAACUGGAAGAUGAACCGCGAGCUUAUGUCAUCAUCGGGGUCGUCUGUGGCCAAAACAUGCAAAAUGAACGAGUUGAAGAAGCGCUCGAACAAUUGGACCGAUUCAGAGCUGCACUCCGCUCUGUCAACAAUACUGAAUCAACAUGAUUCACUUUUUGGAAAGUUCAAAGGGGCCACUCUCGGAAAUAAGGACAAGGAGGCCAAAUGGGAUGAGAUCGUAAUGGAAAUAAAUUCGGCGCAGUAUGAAAUGCAUACAAUGGUAUGCGAUGCUCGUUUCAUCAUCAUGGAUGUCGUAGCCAAGUGGCCCGGGAGCGUACACGACAGCCGUGUAUUUAGGGAAAGCAGAUUAUGUGCACAGUUGGAGAAUGGAAUGGAUGGAGUGUUGCUAGGAGAUAGUGGCUAUGCAUGUAAGAAGUACUUGAUGACGCCAUACCUGAACCCCCAGACUCAGACACAGGAGAGCUGUGGUGGUACACGCAGAACUGUGGAAGAGGUCCGGAAGAUGUACCAGAACUCAAAGCAACGGGCAAAGGAGAAAUUCUUUCGCAGCCAGAAGACUGGGGGUGGACCUGGAGAGCAGUUUUCAGCAUGCGAUAAUUUGCUUCUAGACAAACUAAAGGACACAAAUGUUCUGACUGGCAUUGCUGGCGGGGUUGAGAGCGGGUCCUACUCAUUCAUCAUUGAGAACGAUCAUGACAACUCUCAACCUGGAACUGGUGCAUGUGGCAGGUCCAAUGAAAACAUUACAUGUACGAUGAAGUUCCAUAUGUAUUUGCAGAGAAAAUGCAGAGGAAAUCUCGAAAACGAUCAACUGAGGUGGACGAACUGUAUGAGCUGGAAAAGAAGAGAGCCAGAGUAGAACUGCAGUUGGCCGAGAACCGAGUAGCCCAUGAGAAUGAGUUAUUUGAACUGAAAAAAGCCAUACUUGAAAAAAACCUUGAACAAGUGUUUAGCAAUAGUUCUAUCAUACCAUUCAAUGAAUUGUAAACCCUUUAUUUAUUCAAUUUUCUGUAAAAACAAUUGUAAGUCAUUGAAACUGUUAUAGCUAUGUUAUAGUCAUAUAAAAUAAAUUAAAAUCUUAAGUUUUAAGAAUGGAUGUAGUGGACCGACUGAUCGCUCUUAAUCAUUAAGAUUUUUAUUCUAGUCAUAUUAAUGACUAAAAAUAUAACCACGUUAUUAGAGACAUUUUAAAAGUAAAAUGACGCAGGAAUUGUGUAGUGGAUGAGUCGGUGGCAGUGUUGUCAGCUUUUAGCAACUGCAAAAGAUUAAUUUUUUAAUAAAUAGGCAUAGAAUUAAUGAUUACCUGUCUUCAGUUUUAUUGGCUGUAAAUGUAAAUGUAGGUUGUGUUCUAAUUUAUCUAGUUAUAGUAUCAAUACACUUAUUUUUACAACUGAAAUUGAAAAGUCUACUGAAUUUGUGAAUAUCAAUUAUUUAAACAAAACUAUUUGCAAUAUGUCAUUAGUUCUUUGUAUGUAGUUGUGUUCAUAUAUUCGAGAAUUCAUCUUGUAUUACUUAGCUGAACAUGAUGUUCAACACAAAAUAAUGUUAAGAACUUUGUUAUCUAUAGCAUGUGAACAGUGAAAUGAAAAGCUAUAAUAGUGUACACUUUAGAAACAGUUAAACAAGUAGCUAGAAUUUCCAUUUAAUUCUUUGAUACUAUUCAGACUUUGCCUUAUGCCUUAGUCCUUUCACAAGCAGCAAAUACAACUUUAACAGUAUCAAUGAUUAUAUUCAAUUUUCAGAGAUGACUACCUUAUCUUGCCUAUCGAAAUAUGUGUAUGGCUACUGUUGUCGUUUGGAUUGUUGGUGGCAAAAUUGCAACCAUUUUCGAUUAAGUUACUUUUUUGUAUUGAAGCUAUUGAGAACAAGAUAUGCAAUUCUUUGAACAGGAUAUGCCAAUAUAAAGAAUCCAUUAUUCUUUUAGCCAAGAAAAAGUA